CGCAGAAUUAAAAAACAAAAUCACAUAACCAUGUAGUAGGCCUUGGUUUAGUAACCAUAGCAACCAAUCUAGAUAUCAUGACAUGGCUUAUUUAAAUAUUCAAUAGUCGUUUGCAUAGUGUUGUACAGUUCACAUUGUAUUUUAUCCAGAAUAUUCCAAGAAAGUUUUCCUGUACCUACUGAAACGAUUCUCGAAUAAAACCGAGUAUGAACCAAACCAUUCGUCAACCACGUCCGAAAAUGACCCGUGGUUCUCGCCCGGGUACAGCUAAUUCCAAUCAUGACCAACAACAAAUAAACAACAAUUCUAAGAUGACUCACCCCAACCAGCAACUCCCACAAGUGGUAUCCACAAUUCCAGUGAUGGACAACGUCGUUAUGCUUGACAACUCUGUUCUAAUGCAACCAAAUCAACCGCAAUACAUAAACCUAGAACGUUCUGUUGUUAGACCAGUUUCUGCUGCCCGCAAUCCUCAAAAGAACGUUAAAAUCCUGCAAGAUAUUGCAAUUCGCCCUUCAAACUCUGCCGGGACAUCACAAUCCCAACAAUCACAAGAAGUAGUUCCGGUUAACAGAAGACCUCAAUCAAUGCAAUUAACAAUGAAUACCAAUACAAACCCAAUGUAUGUAGCCACACAACCAAUCCCAAAACCUGUCCGUAGAAUGCCGGCGGAAAUGCUGCCACCGGGAGGAAAGUUUGUUUAUUUCAAGAAUGUUGGCGGUCCUCCUCCUGGUACUUCCACAUCACAGGUUUCCAUUUUGCAUGAUACACAACAACACAGACCACCAUCAGCUUCACCAUCUGUUGGAAGUGCAGUUUCAGUUGUUCCAGUGGUCCAACCCGGUAAUGUGGUGAUGAAACCAAUGAGAGAUUAUCCCGAGUAUAAAAUGACCAUUCACGGGUUUACUAAUGCACACAAGAACAUUAUGUUUCGCAUGAACCAUUUUAUUGGCAGCCUGUUUCACCCCCUCAUUGAAUCCAAUGUAUAUAUCAUGACUUUAUCUGUGAACUAUGGUCAAUUGGUGUGUUUUCAAAUUGAACGCAAAAUACUAGGUGAUUUUGUAUGCAGACUCAUUCCUAGAAUGUUGGAAACGUCAACUCUACCCACAGUUGUAGAAUUGAAGGAUGCUCCGUCGAACUGGAGUGAUGGUAUGAGGUUGAACGUUGUUAUAGGUCAAUCCAACUAUGAAUUAGUCGCGAAAAACAUGGCGAGGUCAUUUCAAAGUCGUAAGACUGCCCUGCAUGAGUAUGAACAACUACCGGAUUAUUUAAACGCACAGUUUACGAUUAGGAGGAAUUUUAUGUCGAUUAAAUUCACUACUGGGAAACAACAUGCAAAGUCUAAGUUCCUGGAGUUGAUUAGGAGGAUUACAGCCGCUGCGAAGAAAGGUAUGGAGACUGUACCGAGUAAGGUUGAUCAUGAUACUCAAACUGAUGGAGGUGGAAUGGUUCCGUACGGAUUGUGUGGUCAACAUGAACAGCAACUGGAUAUGAUCAACACGUCGCAGACGAAGCAAAAGUAUCGCGAUAUGAUUCAACACGAACAAGUUAAGACUUUGGAGAUGAAAUAUAAGUAUCAGCAGGAGGCUUUGGCGAAUAUUGACAUGCAAGUUCAGGAGUUGAUGGAGCAAUAUCGCAGGCGUGAGUUUCGCAAGAAUAAACUAGAUAGCAUGUUUUCUUAUGUGCGAUUGAAGGAGGCUCAGACAGAUACGAUGUGGGGUCUUGUGGGUUAUGACAGGUUUAUAACUCUACCAUUGGGUCACCGAACUACUAUGAAGUUCCUGGAUGCGGUUAAAGCUAUCAUUGAGUUUUCAGCCAAGCAUUUUAGAAUUAUUCGGGGUAAUAUUCAGAAACUAGAGGAAGAAAUCAGAAAGGAUCAAGAGAAUAAGUCGAAAAAGAGGAGUUAUAUUAGGAGUAGUCAUAGAGAGAGUGGGAGUAAGAAGAAAGAAGAAAAAGCUGAGAAGAGGAUAUUGAGGGAUUGCAAUCGCGACGAUAAGAGUGAGAAGAUUAAAAGCCGGGAGAAGCCAUCACCACCGUCAUUGUCGUCGUCUAUUGGAGGCUGUUAUAGCAGUACCAUUCGGAAGCCGGUUGAUAUCCCGAGUAUGGCGGAUUAUUUCAGUGGAUUCAAGCAGAUAUUGAGUGAGUUUAAACUAGUGCAAGGGGAGAUGAAUAUGGCGGCUAAUAUUGGGGAUGACAUGGGCAUGGGUCUCUAUUGAUCAUGGUGAAGUAUGGUCCCGAAUUAUUUUAUGUGCAUUUUACACACGGACAAACCCGGCUUUAAGAAUACCCUAUAAUGGGGCUUGACUUUCUGAUAUUAAUGAAGAAAACUAUGAAUUUCUAAAAAGUAUUAAUCAACAAAAUUCGUAAACAGUUAAUCAUUGCGAACAUCAUUUAGAUAAUAUAUGUCAAUAAUAUGUUUUGCUAGUAUAAUGAUGUAAAAUGA